GAUGUGAUGACGCGAUGUCAUGAAGUCCAUUGCAGGAAGUAGGUGAAGAGUCAAUGUAAACGCUGUCAGUUUACCUGCACAAAGGCUGAGUUUUCAUCAUGUCCGCGCCUCUGUCGUUUGCUAGAAAAGUUGUUCUUGUGACAGGAGCUGGCGGUGGACUUGGCAGAGAAUAUGCCUUAGCUUUUGGAGAGAGAGGAGCCUCUGUUGUUGUGAAUGACCUCGGGGGCGAUAUAAAAGGAGGUGGAAAGAGUUCGGCAGCUGCUGAUAGAGUAGUAGAAGAGAUAAAAGCUAAAGGUGGCAGAGCUGUGGCAAAUUAUGAUUCAGUAGAAGAUGGUGAAAAACUAAUCCAGACUGCUUUGGAUGCAUUUGGACGAAUAGAUAUUGUGAUCAAUAAUGCUGGGAUCCUGCGUGAUCGAUCUUUUGCUAGAACAAGUGACCUUGACUGGGACCUCAUUCACAGAGUGCACUUGAGGGGUUCGUUCUUAGUCACCCGGGCAGCAUGGAAUCACAUGAAGAACCAGAAGUUUGGGAGAAUCAUCAUGACCUCAUCGGCUGCGGGAAUCUAUGGGAACUUUGGUCAGGCAAACUACAGUGCUGCUAAGCUGGGCGUCCUGGGUCUGGCCAACACUUUGGCCAUUGAAGGCCAGAAGUACAACAUCCACUGCAACACCAUUGCGCCUACAGCAGGCUCACGUCUCACUCAGACCGUCAUGCCACCAGAUCUGGUGGAGUCUCUGAAAGCGGAGUACGUGGCUCCUCUUGUCCUGUGGCUGUGCCAUGAGCAGUGUCAGGAGAAUGGAGGCCUUUUUGAGGUUGGGGCUGGCUGGAUCAGCAAGUUGCGAUGGGAGAGAUCUUUGGGCAGUAUUAUCCGUCAUAAGAACCAGAGCAUGAGCCCAGAGGAGGUCCGGGAUAAGUGGGACCAGAUCUGUGACUUCACCAAUGCCACCAAGCCAGCUACUAUACAAGAGUCAAUGCACUUGCUGGUGGAUGUGCUGUCGAAAGUGGAUGCUGAGGAAGGAAUUGGAGCCAAUCCAACCAGUGCUGUGACCUCCGCAUCAUCUGGCAUAAACCCUGCACAGGCCAUAGGGAAGGUGCUUCCUGAGAUGACAUUUAGCUAUACUAACAUGCACUGCAUCCUUUACGCCCUCGGAGUGGGCAUGUCUACUAGAGAGGCCAAUCACCUCAAGUUCCUCUACGAAGGUCAUGAGGAGUUCAGCUGCCUGCCUACAUUUGGAGUCAUCCCAGCCCAAGCGUCAAUGCUAGACGGAGGACUCAGUUCUGUUCCCGGGCUCAAUUUCGACCCCACCAGACUGCUACAUGGAGAACAGUACUUGGAGUUGUACAAACCUUUGCCUACUUCAGGAACACUGAUCUCAAAGGCAUCAAUAGCAGACAUCCUCGACAAAGGGUCUGGCGCAGUCAUACUCUUGGAUGUUUACACAUACAGCAAGCAGGAGCUGCUCUGCUACAAUCAGUUCUCAGUGUUUAUUGUUGGUGCUGGUGGUUUUGGAGGAAAGAGGACAUCAGAUAAGGCUGUGGCCACAGCUGAACCUCCAAACAGAUCACCUGAUGCAGUCAUGGUUGAUGAAACCACCAGAGAUCAGGCUGCUUUGUAUAGGUUGAGUGGUGAUUGGAACCCUCUUCACAUAGACCCAAGCUUUGCAGCAAUGGGAGGAUUCAAAUCUCCCAUACUGCAUGGACUGUGCUCAUUUGGAUUUGCUGCACGCCAUGUCCUGAGGCAGUAUGCUGGAAAUGAUGUUUCCAGAUUCAAAUCUAUUAAGGUACGAUUUGUGAAGCCAGUGUUACCAGGCCAGUCUCUGCAGACAGAAAUGUGGAAAGAGGACAACAGAAUUCACUUUCAGUGCAAAGUGAAGGAGACAGGAGUAGUUGUGUUAUCUGGCGCAUAUAUAGAUUUACAUGCAGCUCCUGAUGCUGUUGCCAGCACCUCUCCAGCAGAGACCAGUGGACUUCAGAGCGACUUGGUGUUUGCUGAAAUUGGACGCCGGAUCAAAGACCUGGGUGCAGAACUUGUGAAGAAAGUUAAUGCUAUUUUUGGAUGGGAAAUUACCAAAGGAGGAAAGACAGCUGCCCAGUGGACCAUCGAUCUAAAAACAGCACAAGGUGCACUUCAUAAGGGUCCAUACAAUGGCAAAGCUGAUGUGACAUUUACUGUGGCUGAUGAGGAUUUCAUGGAUGUAGUGCUGGGGAAGCUCAACCCUCAGAAGGCGUUUUUCGCUGGCAAAUUGAAAGUCAGAGGGAAUAUCAUGCUGAGCCAGAAACUGGAGACAAUACUGAAGGAUUAUGCCAAGCUGUGAGACUCCAAACAAUCCAGUGCCUUAGAGAAAUGCAAAUGCAGGCUGCAUGACAGUUUUACUGAGGGUGCAAGAUUUGCUUCUAGAAUGUCGAGAUUGAAAAAUGGGACAUCUAACAUUUACAGUUAUUGAUGAUUUGUAAGAGAAUUAAACACUAAUGAAAAAUAACCAUAUUCAUGUUAAGGACAUGAUCUAGUUUUAAUCUGUUUCUCUGAGUCUUUGUUUGGCACAGAUUUCAGUAUAUUACACCUUUUAGCCUUUUUCUUUAGUUGCAGUCAAGCUUGUCCAAACGUCCAAAGCUUGUCCAAAAGUAAAAGACAUGUAAUGUAACAACAAAAAAUAAAUGUUAUUGUAAACUUGGCACAUAACAGUUGUCAAAGCUGAGGAUUUGUGGAAGGUGGGAUGUGUUUGAAUAAUAUUCCUAGCAAUCAAGCCAUUUCUGUGACUUACAAAUAGAACAGAAAGCAUCUUUUUGAUUCAUUAACAAUAAUGAAAGACGGUAAUGAAAUUCAUAGAGAAUCUGGUCUAUUAAAAAGGUUGCUCAUUUCAAAAUUCUGUCUUUUAAUUUAACCCUACUCUUUUUGUCAAAAUAAAUUACUGUGUAUAUUUAAUGUGUGUUGUUAAUUUGUAAUAAAUCUCACCUUUGUGUAA